AUGGCCAGCCAGUUCUGCCUGCCACUCGCUCCGCAUCGCUUGCCUCUGAAACCCUCGAGGCCACACUUCGGAGACAUCCAAGUCGGCAUCUGCGUGGCGAUCCAGCGCAGCGACGGGCGGAUUCACCUCGCUGUGGUCACGGAAGUCAACAUAGAAAAUGCUCGGGUCACCGUAGAGUGGGUGGAGAAAGAAGUGAAAAAAGGCAAGAAGAUUGAUCUAGAGACCCUAUUCCUGCUGAACCCAGCUCUGAUCUCGGCAGAACACCCCGUGCUGUCCAGGCCACGGCCCUCCUUGUCAUUCGUGCCCCCUUCCUGUGAUGGAGACCAGCGUACGGCCACUCGGUGGGUGGCAAUGGUCCCUCAAAAGGAUGAAAUGCCUUCCGGGGCCAGCCCCACCGUGGAGGUCCCCAGCAACCCUCGGCUGAUGAAACGGAGAAGGUCCCCUUGUCUGCGGGGAAUCGAGAAGCUGCAGAAACAGCGGGAGGAGCGCAGGCGGCAGCAGCUGGAGAUCCGAGCCCAGCGGGCGCGGGAGGUCAACACACGAAACCCCAACCUGGAGCUCAUGCGCAUGAUCGAAGAGUCGCGCCGGCACCUGGACCGCAGCAAGAUGUGCCAACCGGAGCCCCUGGAGGACCACAGGAUCUGCGUCUGCGUGAGAAAGCGGCCACUCAACCAGCGAGAGACCGUCAUGAAGGACCUAGACAUCAUCACCAUCCCUUCCAAUAAUGUGGUCAUGGUGCACGAGUCCAAGCAGAAGGUGGACCUCACGCGUUACCUGGAGAACCAGAUCUUUUGCUUUGACCACGCCUUUGACGCCACGGCUUCUAAUGAGCUAGUGUACCAGUUUACCGCUCAGCCUCUGGUGGAAUCCAUCUUCCGCAAGGGCAUGGCCACCUGCUUCGCCUACGGGCAGACGGGGAGUGGGAAAACUCACACCAUGGGCGGAGCCUUUUCGGGCGUGGACCAGGACUGCUCUAAGGGCAUCUAUGCCCUGGUAGCUCGGGACGUCUUCCUUCUGCUCACAAAUCCCGCAUAUGAGAAGCUCAGCCUCAAAGUCUACGGGACGUUUUUUGAGAUUUAUGGGGGGAAGGUGUAUGACUUAUUGAAUUGGAAGAAGAAGCUACAAGUCCUUGAAGACGGAAACCAGCAUAUUCAGGUGGUUGGCCUGCGGGAACAAGAAGUGUCUUGUGUAGAGGACGUUUUAAAGCUCGUGGGACGAGGGAACAGCUGUCGGACUUCGGGGCAGACAUCUGUCAAUGCCCACUCCUCCAGGAGCCACGCGGUGUUCCAGAUCAUCCUCAAGUUACAAGGGGAAUUGCACGGCAAGUUUUCCCUUGUGGACUUAGCUGGCAACGAAAGAGGAGCGGACACUGCCAAGGCCAACCGGAAGAGGCAACUGGAAGGAGCAGAAAUUAACAAGAGUCUUCUGGCCCUCAAGGAAUGCAUCCGAGCUCUGGGCCAGAAAAAAACCCACACUCCUUUUAGAGCCAGUAAACUCACACAGGUGCUCCGAGACUCCUUUAUAGGCCCCAACUCCUCCACGUGCAUGAUUGCUACCAUCUCUCCAGGAAUGGCCUCUUGCGAAAACACGCUCAACACUUUACGCUAUGCCAACCGAGUGAAAGAAUUAACUUUCCACGUCAGGCCGCCCCAUCGUAGUUUCUUUCCAGUUGGACGUGAAGCAAUGAAGAUGAUAGAAAAACACGCUAAUAGUCCAGAGAUGCCCCUUCGGAUGGAGGAAUGCAUGAACACACUUUGUAUAGAGAACAAGCAGGAAGGAGAGAGUGAAAGGGAAAUGGAAACAUCAUCUACCCCAUCAAUGGAGAACGCUAUGGUCUUGUUGAAGGAAUCCAACCAGUGGCCCAUGAACACACAAGAGGCAGUUGACAGAAUAAACUAUGGUGUUGAAUUUUGCAUUGCCCAGUUAUUGGCUAUUUUGGAUCAGAAAAUUGACGUUCUGAUUGAGAUUCGAAAGAAACUGAGAUUAUUACAGGCUGACUACGGAAAGAAGAGCAAGGUAGAGUAA